UCGUUUUUACAAUAAAGCACUCGUAAACACUUUCACAUACGUUUUGCACAACGACGAUACAUUGGCUUUGAUAUUUGCACGCGUAGUCGCCAGGCGGCAUUCGACAAUUCGUUACGUUGAACAUAACAUAUGCUCAGCGAGCGUCGGUCUAUUUGCGCGCGGCAUAGCGUUUGCUUUCACGCGUACCCAUGUUGUCGGGUGUGACAAUAGAGGUAAAUAAAAUGUGCGACUUCCAUGCAAAAACAAACACAAAAAUAAAAAUAAAAAAAUAAAACGAAUAAAAUAAAAGCAGAUCGUAAGCGUAUUAAGUUGCGGUUGGCGCGCGUUACCACUCAGGGCAUAGUUGUCGCGCGCAUUUCGCAUUGUACGGACCUUAGAGAGAUAGAGCUCCGUAAAAAUUAGCAAUACUAAGUUCUUAUAAAAAAAAAAGUGUUUCGAAAAAAAAAAAAUCAUAAUUAUUAAAAUACUGUGUGCGAGUGUAUGUGUGUGCUAAAAAUAUAAAAAUUUAUAUUUUGCAUUCCAAACUGAAGCGUGACAAUUAGUUACGUGCUCCACGCUAUUAUGGCCACCCCCGACGAGUUGGCGCGCCUUGUGGCCAUACACUUGCGUGAUCUACAGGACAGUGAACCCAAUUGGACCGUCGCGCAUUCCGAUGUAGCUGGACGCGGCGUGUUUGCCACGCGUGAUAUUGCCGCUGGUGAAUUGCUAUUCCGUGAGUGUCCGCUCGUUGUUGGUCCGACGGCGCGUAAAGGUUCGAUACUCAAUACAUGCGUUUGUUGUCACAAACUGUUGGCCGUGAAGGAUUUUUUAUGUAAGCACAAUUGCAUGUUGCCCGUGUGCGAUGCGUGCGCCGAUACAGUGGAACAUCGUGAGGAGUGUGAGCUCUUCCAGCGUUGGCAGCCCGUAGAGUUGAGUCAAUUAGCUCAGAUGUGUGCAGAUAAAAAUUCCGAUCCGCCGCUAGUAAAUCCCUACUCCCUGCGCAUACUUACCGCGGUGCGUGUAUUCUUUCUCAAACCCGAUCAACGUGCGCUCGUCAACGCCAUGCAAGCGAAUGCAGAGCGCGGUUAUCGACAAGAGAUUAUCAAAGCGGCUCAGAGUUUUCGUAAAUUUCCCACUACGGAUAAGUCAUUCAUGGAUAACCUCUUUCGUAUUGUUGGCGUAUUGAAUACGAAUGCCUUUGAAGCACCCUGUCGCAUUGGUGAACAUGAGACCCUGUUGCGUGGUCUCUUUCCGCUGACAGCGAUCAUGAAUCACGAGUGUACGCCCAAUGCGAGUCACUACUUCGAUAAUGGUCAUUUGGCGGUGGUGCGUGCAGCGCGUCCAAUUCCCAAAGGUGCCGAGAUCACAACCACAUAUACCAAGAUUCUCUGGAGUAAUCUGACGCGUGGCAUUUUUCUCAAAAUGACUAAACAUUUUAUAUGUGAAUGUGCGCGUUGCAACGAUAAUACGGAGAACGGCACCUACCUAUCAGCACUUUUCUGCCGUGAGCAGGGCUGCAAAGGCAUAGUCAUACCAGUUCAAUCGAAAAUACUGCAGCCGGAUUGGCGUUGCACUAGCUGCGAGACAGUUGCUCCACAUGCGAAGAUGGCUCGUUAUCAGGACUUCGCACUGAAUACGAUCAAUAAUCGCAUUAACACGAGCACCGUGCACGAACUGAUUACCUUCAUCAACGAGAUGUGUCCACGUUUCUGCCCGCCUUCGAAUUACGUGCUCGUCGAAGCGAAGUUGAAUGUGAUUUGGCGUAUGUCACGUUUCAAAGGUGAAUUCAGCGAAGAAGAAAUGCAACAUCGUGAUCGAUAUAGAGAUGAGAUAUUGGAAAUUAUGGAAAAAUUGGGCGCGGGUGAUUGUACGUUGAAAAAAUUGAUUACAAAUGAGAUCCCGUAAGGCGGUUGAGUAGAAGUAGAUUACUUAGAGAGAGGAGAGAGUGAGAUUUUGAUAUUAUUCAAAGAAGCUUAGAAGAAAGCAUAAGAACUAUUAUGUAUAUAUUGUAUUGGAAGUGUGUUUGUGUGCUAAUCAUUACUCUGAAUAUCAUAAAACUUAAACUCGUUGUUGUUGUAAUGAUAUCCCAUUUGUUACUGUUUCAAUUAAGAAAUACUUUUUCAAUGCCUUGUCUUGUCACAUUUUAAUUGGCGCUCUCAAAAGCCUUUAUGCAAUGUCGAAUUUUUCUGACUAAAAUGUUGCAGUUAUUUAGCAUUAAUUUAUUUAUUACAAAUACAUUUUUUUAGAAUUAUAAAUAAAUAU